CUCACAUUGCCCUGUCCCCCGCCUGCACUCAAAUUUUGAAUCCCUCUCUUUAUUUUCAAAAAAUCAGUGGAUUUCUCGAACUCUAUCCGUUCCCUUCUCUCCCAGUUCUGUAAUUUUCCCACUUCUCACUUUUUGGGGGCAAAAGAUGGGAACUUGCUUGAGCAAGAAGAGCGCUACUGCUCCCUCUCCUUCUCCUCUUCCUCCCACCAUAGCCCAGUCUGCAAUUAACUCGAACCCCUCCAAGCAAGAGACUAAACCCCCAGAUCUCCAGAAGAAGAAACCAGAAGAAGAAGGGAGAGCGGUCAAGAAGGAGAUUUUCGUCAUUAGGCACCGGAAGAGCCACGAGACAGAGCGGCAGUCCGUGGACGGAAAUGGCGAUUCCAAGAAGGACCCGGAUGAGGUUUCCGAACCGGUCAAGGGUCCGGCAAUUAAGAAUGGGUUGGGUCACCUGAGUGUCGUUUCUGCCCCAGUGAGGACUUCGAGCUGCACGAAGGAAGAGGUUGAUGCCAUAUUGAUUCAGUGUGGGAAACUCAGUAGGAGCCCUUCCAGAUCUGUUGGAUCUUCUGAAAACAACAACAAUGGGAGCCUACAGAAGACCAAGAAGUACUCUGGGUCAAAGAGAAGCUUUGACUUUGAUAAGGAAAACGAAGGCCCGGAGGAGAAUGUGGAGGCUGAUGGGGAAACGGAGAGACUCCACCGGCAGAGACAACGGCAGCAGCGCCAGCCGAGGCAUAGCCUUAGCCCUUCCACGUCUUCCCGAAACCGAAGGAGGACUCCGAGUAGGGAGAGGGACCCACAGGAGCAAAGAUCUGGAAGCAGAGAAAGAAAUGGUGGUGGAGCUGCUGGUGGUGGGAGGAGGGUGAGCAGAUCUCCUGGAAAAAGGUCUGAAUCACCAAACACAGUUACUUCUGGCAAUUGUAGGCCAGGGAAGAUGGUUUCUGUGCCUGCCACUGUGGCAAUGGAUAAGAGCAUUGAUGGAGAGAACAUCUUGGCUGCUUCUGCUGUGAAGAGGAUUCAGGUGAGGAGGAAUGUGGGUGGAGGUGGCGGUGAUGGUUCAAGAGCCACCGCUGUGGCUUCUCCUCGGGCUCGUUCCCCUGCCACGAACCAGCAGCAGCAGCAGCAGCAGCCUUCGCUAAGCAGGAGCAAUUCUAGGAAGGCAGAACACUCUCCUUUCAGAAGAAACCCUCUGGGUGAGAUUGACACUAAUGUGAUCAUUGAACCAUCAGGAAGAACUAAUAAUAAGCCUGCCAAACACAAUUCUUCUUCGCAGGUGCAGAAGAUCAAUGGAGAUAAUAUCAGCAACAUGAAAGUGGGAUUGCAAGGAAGUAAUA